GCGGGUUCAUUUGUGUCACACUUUAGGGACUAAUGUUUUGAUUUUGCCGCGCCACUUGUUGUGUUAGCCUGCUAACUAGCCAGUUACAUCAACUAGACUAGAAUGUUUCUAUAGCAAAUUCGCAGAAGCCGCCAAAGUUACAGCAACAACCAUUCAUUUAGCUGUUUAUCACAUCAGGCAGAAUAUCGGCAUUUUAAUGGAGCUAAGAAGUUAAUCUGGUCUCGACAUUAACGUAACGGUGGGUUUGCCACACGAUGAAGCAGCUUCCAGCAGAGACAGUCCGUUUGCUGUCAAGUUCCCAAGUCAUCACCUCUAUUGGGAGUGUCGUCAAGGAGCUGAUUGAGAACUCACUGGAUGCAGGUUCCACAAGCAUUGACGUUAAACUGGAAAAUUAUGGCCUGGAUCGCAUUGAGGUGCGAGAUAAUGGCUCAGGGAUCAAAGCGGCAGACACAGCAGUCAUGGGAGUGAAACACUACACCUCGAAGAUCUCCUGCCAUGACGACCUUAUGCAGCUGGACACGUAUGGAUUCAGAGGAGAGGCACUUGGAUCCCUAUGUGCCGUGUCAGAAGUUGCGGUUACAACCAAGACGUCUGAGGAUGACUUCAGCACACAAUAUACUUUGAACCUCACAGGGCAGAUUGUCUCCCAGAAGCCAUCGCAUCUUGGCCAAGGGACCACGGUGUGUGCUCUGAAACUGUUUAAGAACCUCCCUGUGAGAAGACAGUUCUACUCGAACACAAAGAAAUGCAAAGAGGAGCUCAAGAAAGUCCAGGAUCUGCUGAUGGCCUAUGCUGUGGUGAAGCCUGAGCUGAGAAUAACCUUCACUCACAACAAGGCCGUGGUUUGGCAGAAGGCCAGGGUGUCGGAUCACAGAGCGGCCCUCAUGGCCGUGAUUGGGGCGGCCGCCAUGGCCAACCUGCUCCCCCUCCAUCAUCGCCAGGAGCAUCCAGAGAUUUCAAUUGAGGGCUUUUUCCCAAAGUCCGACUCUGGCUGUGCCUCAACAAGCUCCAGUAAUCCUGACAGAACUUUUGUCUUUGUGAAUAGUCGUCCAGUUCAUCAUAAAGAAAUUAUGAAGCUGGUUAAGCAGUUGUGUAGUGGAGAUUCGUCUUGCCGUCGCUACCCUACCCUAAUGAUGAACAUUACUGUACCUGCCUCCAUGGUUGACGUCAACCUCACGCCUGACAAAACUCAAGUUAUGCUUCAGAACAAGGAAACCGUGUUGGCUGCUGUGGAGUCCAUGUUGGUUUCACUCUAUGGUCCUUUGCCAAACACUGAAGCCUGUGUCAGCCGUGAGGCGGUCGGAGAUACGUCCACCUCUGGGGCCUUGCAGACGCAACAGGGGCUCCCUGUUAAUGGAAGGACUGAUACUGAUGCAGACGAUGUCGUCAAUGAUCACCGAGGGGCCUUGCCUCAGCCCCCGUUAGACUGCUCUGACGUAGAUUUGUUUGGAGCUAUCGAGCAGAGCCCGGCGAAGGCAAGUGAUCCAGCCAGUAACACAUCUUUAAACCAGACCAGCUCUUCAUCUUCAUCAGAGGACUGGAUAAUCAAUAAGAGCUUGUUUGACUUGAGCCAUGUCAACGGUUCCUUGCUCGACGAGGACCGCUUCAACACCGGGGAUACCAAGGAUGGGCCGAAGGAGAGCGCUGACUUGUUUGCAGCCGCACCCAACGCAGACCGCGACAUCUCAGCAGAGAGCUGGAGCAUGGGCCGAGCCCUGACAGAUCCCGUCACCGGAGGUCGUUUGGAGCCCGUGAAGCUGCACGUCCCAUCAGAGCCCCAGGAAGUCAGGGAGGCCGUGGAGAGAUGCAGGAGCAGCCCAUCCAAGAAGCCGUCAAACAUCAUCAUGGCGAAAAUGCCCAAGCUGACGGCCUACGAGCUUAUCGGCUCGCGCUCCGUGCGUCAGCCGCUGUCUGCCCGCGCCCUGUUCGAGCGGGAGAGCAGAGUGUCCAUCCUUCAGGAGGACCCAGGAGCCGGUCUGCAGGAUGUCACCACUGCUGUUAAAGAGAGAUGGGAAAGCCUUGGGGAGGAAGACCGAAAGAAGUACGAGGGGAAAGCCAAAAAGGCCCUCGACACCUACACCCUUCAAAGGAGGCGUGCCGAAGAGGGAGAGACCCAGGAUAGAGACGGCAAAAGGCUGCCGUCAGCAGCGGACUCCUCCGGCAGCAAGCCUCAAGGCCUGAAGCGCAAGGCCCCACUCUCCAACCAGCAGAUCCUCGACAAGCUCUUCUCCUCUCAGCCCGCCAAGAAAAGUGCCCCAGCAAAGGUCUCCAAGCCCCUCCCGUUCAGCCUAGCUGCCCUCAAGCAGAGGCUUAACCUCCUGUCGUCCCAGAGCGGCUCUGGCCCACUGGGCCUCAGGCUUGUAAACCGCUUGGCUUCUCACUGCGCCUGGGUCGUUUUAUGUGGCAAAGAGCUCAUGUUGUUAAAUCCAUUUCGGGUGGAGGAGGCCUUGCUGUUUAAAAGACUUCUGGAGAAUAAUAUACUUCCAGCCGUGUGCCUGCAGACCCCUAUACAGUUAACAGAUGGUGUCCUGGGGGGGUCAGAGUUCAUGGAUGUCCUCUGUGACAUGAAGACAGGAAGCCCCGAGCUGAAUGGGUCAACCUUCUUCUCUGAUCCCAGGCUUGUGGCGAACGGGUUUCAGAUCAGACUCUCUCCAGGCUCUUCGUCCACUGAGAGGCACGUGGAGGUGACAGGCAUGGCCGACUGCAUGCCUUUCUUCGGCAUCGCGGACCUGAGGGAGGUUUUGACAGCAGUUAAGGAUCGACACGCUCAGAGUGUGCAGCAGUGCAGACCACUGAAAGCCGCUCGCUAUCUCGAGGGGGAAGCGGUGCGAAUGGUCAGACAGCUGCCCCUGAACCUGUCACGAGACGAUGUAGAGGACACACUAAGGCGGAUGCGAGAACAGCUUGGAGAACAAAGCCAGACCUGUAUCCAUGGGCGGCCAUUUUUCCACCUCUUGACCAAAGUUCCUGAGACGGACGAGGAGGCUCUUGAGACCCUGUCCAGUACAAGAUGACAUUUUUAAAAGGAUAUGGAGAUUUGGUUAAUAAGUUAGCCAUUUUUAUUUGUCUGGUUUACUGUUUAUAAUUUUGGCUCACAUAUUAUAAUAACAAAUGAUACUCACGUAUUCAAAAAUAAAUAUAUUUUCUCAUG